AUGACAACUAGAGAAUUCUCGAAAGAAAAGGACAAAGAUGAGCAACUGCUACUUAAACAGGAAAGUAAAGAAAUAAUAUACGAGACUCAAGAAGAGAACCUUGCUAUAAAGGAAAAUUACCAACUAAAUGAUUCAGUACUCGUCAGAUAUUUGAUAAGGAAUAAAUGGAAGUAUUUUGUGGGGUUCAUAGAAAAUAUAAUAAAAAAUGAAGAAAUAUACUUCACUAUCAAUUUUCUAAAAACCGUGAGACCACAGCAGCGCCUUACCUUUAUAACGACUAAAAGAAAGGAUAUUGAUAAGGUUCCAAAGUCAUUAAUAGUGAAGAAGAUAGAUUUAAAAAAAUAUAACGAAAAAGAAUAUUACUUACUUAAUUAUGAAGAUACAAUUUACUUUGACUGA